CGUUCCACGAUCCGUGUGAUCCUAGUCCAGUUCAAACUCUUGCUCUGUCACGCAACGCUAGGCUCUGCCUUAUCAGAAUCAUCAUUCCGUUCCGUGACGGAAAUGAAACUGCCUGACGCAAAAACAAGGGCGGUUACCUAGCUUCUCGUGACUCACAUGCAGCGGGCACCGAUCAGCCUGAGAGUGGCUACUUUAUAAUACUACAAAUGUUGUAUCUAAGCUGCUGCUAUUUGAAGAAAAAUAUUUUACUUAUUGACCCAUCCCUGCAGAAACCGAUGAAGUAAUGACUGCUCUAAUAGCCCCUACCAGGUCGCCAAGUUUCGAGGGACUCAUAUUCUUUGUCUACGACCGAGAGGCUGUGAAAAAAGAAGCAGAUCCACCCGAAAAUGCUAUCAUCUACUUCUACCCUCCCUCGGCCUCUAUGGAAGAUCGGAUUUCUAUAUGUGGACAACUAAUUGGAGUGUCACAUUUUAUGCAUGGCUUUAUUGGUGCCAGGCCAGCCCUUUGUAAGCUGCAGACAGAGAAGGUGGCAACUGUGCAUUCUGGCCAAUACACCUUGGCACUUGGUGGAAACCUCAGUGAACCUGAUUCACUGUUGAUAAGACAGCUAGAGACCCUUCAGAGUAUCUUCAAAUUUUACCAUGGCUCAUUAGAGAGGAUUAGAAUGGUGAGUCUGUUUGAUACCUGGGUAUGGAUAAAAAAUUAUUGCAUACUAAGGGUUAACAACUACUAUAUGUCAGACUCAUGUCACACGAGUUAAAAUGCUCUAUUCCCACACUCCACCUCAUUACUCAGGUGUACAUUCUUGUAUUAAUUGGUAGCCACUAUAUAGGGGGAGUAGAUUGAAAUAUUGUUGUAGUUGCUUAAAGCUACAGAAACUGGAUGAGCUCUGGCACCUACAGGAUCCUUUGCCUGAUGCAAAUGUUAUUAAUUAUAUGAUGGCUUAUGAUGCUACAUGCAAGUGAUAAGUGUUAUAAAAUGAAUUUUCAUUAGUGAUAUUAGAGCAGUUUUAAACUGAGUGUCGUAAAACCAAAACCAAAGCCAAAGCAAUCACUUACCGAUUAGACUACUCAGCCAAACUCAAACAAGUAAUUGCCUGAUUACAUUCGACACUCAAUUGAAAACCACUCUUGUAGUAUUCGUCUUAUUAGUAUUUUAACUGAGUGCGAAAGAAUAAAAACGCCGUUUACAGUUUGCAAAUAUCUGCGUUAGUUCCGAAGAUAUUUAA